GUUUGGCAAACCCCAAGCCGAAACAGGUCUCCUACUAUCACAUUUCAGCCAUGUUGAUAUCAAAGCGACGCUUGGCUUCUUAAUUCUCUACCCUAGAGAUCUUUAUUUAGCUGCCUGCUGAUGGUAUUAUCCUAGUCCCGAUCCUAUUAGAAAGGUCCGUGGGAGCUCUACAGGAACAUCCUCUACGAAGUUACCUACAGACGUUUCACAUAGCAAGAGACAGCUGUAUUUUGAUACAUGGCUUGCGCCUACGCAGAUGAAGAUGCAAUACCAAAUGGCUGGAGGACUCGACAGCCAGGCUUCGCCAUCUGGUUCAUGAUCGCCAUCCCUCGUUUCCUGCUGGUUUCUUUUUUCUACAGCAUUUACUACAUCCCAAGCUCUCUACGUCAGAAUAGGAAAUGGACAUACCGCCAAGCUCUUUCAACGCAGCUCUUUAAAUUCGCCUUUCGCAUUAUGACCGAGUUGGGAUACUCACAGACUCUGACCUUCGAACCAGGAAAGCUUGGUAACAGAUGGGUUUUCAUUGACCCAGCUGAGUCGGACGUGUAUCCUCGUCCGUUUCUGAGCGACAAAGUACAGCCACAGAGAAUUGCUGGGACGUGGUACCCGGACACCCCCUUCAAGGACCAGUCUGCUUCGAAUUUGGACGAUGACAGCAGUCUUGUAAUCCUGUCCUUCCACUCAGGAUCCUUUCUCUGGUUUACAGGACGACCGGAGGAUUCCGGCUUCGUCGCCAACUUGCUCAACAGAAAGCUGGGUAACACCACCCGGUCCCUAUGGGUGCAGUAUCGGCUUGCCGGUGGUCGCGAUAAUCCAACGCCCUAUCCAGGCCCCAUGCAGGAUGCAAUAACAGCAUACGUCUACCUUGUCAAAACACUAGGUAUCUCACCUCGACGCAUCGUACUCGCGGGAGAUUCUUCUGGAUCUACUGUAGUGGUGGCUCUCUUGCGCUGCCUCGCAGAGGAUGCAGACAACAAAAUUCUCGCCGAUCUCCCACCACCAAAGGCCUGUCUCAUUUUCUCGCCCUCUGUCGAAUAUAGCUUAGAGGGUGAUUCGCGUGCAAUAAAUGAGAACCGAAACUGUCAGACUGACUAUUGCGAUGCACCGAUGAUGGCUUGGGGUGCUCGCGUGAUUGCACCGCCGGACCAGAUACGUCUGGAUGACCCUUACUUGUCACCGGCCUUGCACCCGUUCGCUACUCCCGUGCCAAUCUUCGUACAGGCGGGAGGCGCGGAGGUGUUGUGUGAUAGUAUCAGGGGAUUCGCAGAGAAGAUGCGUGCGAUCCCAGGAAAUCGGAUCGAGUAUUUAGAGGUCCCGGACGUGCCACACGAUAUCUACGCUGCUGGUAACAUACUUGGAUGGUUGAAGGAGCAGGAGGAGAUCAUUGAUGCCGCAGCUACCUUCGUUUCUCAGUUUUGAUUUGUCUGUGGUUGUUCUCGGAGGCCGGGAUGUGUAUUUAUGUACGCAGAAGA